AAAGAUAGAAAAUUUAGAAGAAAAUGAAGAAGGGCAUUAGUCCAAAAUUUGCCAUUCUCAUUCUCACUAUAAUUCUUGUGAGUACAGUAAUUUCAUCUGCCAUGGCACUACAAUCGUCGUGCAAAUCUAGCGCGAAGAUUAAAGGCAUAAAACCACCACCAGGGAAAUGCAAAAUAGGUUAUCAAUCAGAAUGUUGCAAGCCUGGAAAAUCUUACACCACUUACAAAUGCUCCCCUCCUGUUUCUGGCAAGACAAAAGCUGUUCUAACUAUAAACAGUUUCCAAAAAGGCGGUGAUGGUGGUGGAAAAUCCGAGUGUGACAACAAAUACCAUUCAAAUAACAAGCCGGUGGUUGCACUCUCAACAGGUUGGUUCAGUGGUGAAAAGAUGUGUAUGAAGAAUAUUACAAUUUAUGGGAACGGAAGGCAAACGAAUGCUAUGGUAGUGGACGAGUGUGAUUCCACAAUGGGAUGCGACGAUGUUCAUGAUUAUCAACCACCGUGUGAUAACAACAUUGUCGACGCAUCCAAAGCUGUUUGGAAGGCAUUGGGAGUGCCUAAGAAGCAAUGGGGACAACUUGAUAUAUUCUGGUCUGAUGCUGCUUCUUCUUGAUUUUAAAUUUAUGUUUUUUUCAAGAUUAAUGAACAAGAUCUAAAUGUGAUAAAGCUUAUGUAACUAAGCAAAAGCAAGCAAAUAAAAGGCUGGCU